GAACCUGAGUUCAGCUGAUGCUGGCCGCCAGACUAUGCGGAACUACUCCGGGCUCAUUGAUUCCCUCAUAGCCUAUGUCCAGAACUGUGUGGCUGCCAGCCGUUGCGAUGACAAGUCUGUGGAGAACUGCAUGUGUAUCCUGCAUAACCUCUCCUACCGCCUGGACGCCGAGGUACCCACCCGUUACCGCCAGCUGGAGUACAAUACCCGCAAUGCCUACACUGAGAAGUCCUCCACUGGCUGCUUCAGCAACAGGGCUGACAAGAUGAUGAACAAUAACUAUGACUGCCCACUUCCUGAGGAAGAGACCAACCCCAAGGGCAGCAGCUGGCUGUACCACUCAGAUGCCAUCCGUACCUACCUGAACCUCAUGGGCAAGAGCAAGAAAGAUGCUACCUUGGAGGCCUGUGCUGGGGCCCUGCAGAACCUGACAGCCAGCAAGGGGCUGAUGUCCAAUGGCAUGAGUCAGUUGAUUGGAAUAAAGGAGAAGGGCUUGCCACAAAUCGCCCGUCUGCUGCAAUCUGGCAAUUCGGAUGUGGUGCGGUCUGGGGCCUCUCUGCUGAGCAACAUGUCUCGCCACCCUGUGCUGCACAGAGUGAUGGGAAACCAGGUGUUCCCAGAGGUGACCAGACUCCUCACUAGCCACACCGGCAAUACCAGCAACUCUGAAGAUAUCUUGUCGUCAGCCUGCUACACUGUGAGGAACCUGAUGACCUCACAGCCUCAGAUGGCCAAGCAGUACUUCUCCAAUAGUAUGCUGAACAAUGUCUUCAACCUGUGCCGCAACAGCGCCUCCUCACCUAAGGCUGCAGAGGCUGCCCGGCUACUCCUGUCUGACAUGUGGGCAAGCAAGGAGCUGCAGAGUGUCCUCAGGCAGCAAGGUUUCGAUAGGAACAUGAUGGGAAACAUAGCUGGGGCCAACAGCCUCAGAAACUUCACCUCUCGGUUCUAAGAAGAGACUGUCCAAGCAAGUUCAACUUGCAGAAAGACACAACCCAGCUGAGAAGACCUCGGGCCUUGAGGAUGGGUUACCUGCUCCAUCCUGCACAGUAUUUGGAGACACUCAGAUGCAAACAAGAGCAUCCUGAAAACUGUGGAUGAUGGAAAUAAUUUUGAUUCUUUUUUUUUCCUUAGGGGAAC